GAGAGAGAGAGAGUAGUGAGACAGUGUGCAGCGCCGAGAGCGAGUCUUAUCACACGAACAGCAACUCCCCCCAUUCUCUCUGCUUCGCUCACCCUAUAAAGUCCCCCAUUCAUUACCACCACCACCACCACCACCACCCUCGUCUCCUCCGUCCACAAAACCCCUUCACCCCCGGAGCAUAAAAAAACCCUUUCGCCAUGGACGAUCCGCGCGAGCCAUGGCUCCCCGAGGGGCCCCGCGACCCCAUGGAGUUCCUCUCCCGCUCCUGGAGCGCCUCCGCGCUCGAGGUCUCCAAGGCCCUCGCCUCCGCCCCCCCGCCCCCGCCCCCGCUCCCGCCGCCGCCGCCGCCGCACACCUUCUCGGUGGCGGCGAUCCCCGAGGACGCCGCCGGCGAGAUGGAGGAGGCCGCCGCCGCGGCGGCGAGCGUCGCCGGGAACCCCUUCGCCUUCGCGUCGUCGGCGACGUCGCAGCUCGUCAUGGAGCGGAUCUUGUCGCAAUCGCAAGAAGUUUCCCCUCUCACUUCCGGUCGCCUCUCGCACAGCAGCGGCCCCCUCAACGGCGGCGGAUCCCUCUCCGACAGCCCCCCAGUUUCCCCUUCCGAAAUCGACGACAUUAAGUAUUGCCGCGCGAGCAACACGCCGAAGCCGCAGGCGUACAACCGCGCCGGGGGUGGGAAGACGGUGGGGAGGUGGCUGAAGGACCGGCGGGAGCGGAAGAAGGAGGAGACGCGCGCGCACAACGCGCAGCUCCACGCGGCCGUCUCCGUGGCCGGCGUGGCAGCCGCCGUGGCCGCGAUUGCCGCCGCCACCGCCGCUGCCUCCUCCGCCGCCUCGGGCUCUGGGAAGGACGACCGCGCCUCCCGCACCGACAUGGCGGUGGCCUCCGCCGCCACGCUCGUCGCCGCGCAGUGCGUGGAGGCCGCGGAGUCGAUGGGGGCCGAGCGCGAGCACCUGGCGGCCGUCGUCGGCUCCGCCGUCAACGUGCGCACGCCGGGGGACAUCACAACUAUCACCGCGGCUGCUGCUACUGCAUUACGAGGGGCGGCGACAUUGAAGGCGCGGGCCCUGAAAGAGGUGUGGAACAUUGCUGCAGUAAUUCCAGUAGAGAAGGGCGGAGUCGGCGGCGGCGGCGGCGGCCAUCAGAAGCAUCAGCAUCAGCAUCAUCACGGCCAGAGCAAGCAGCAAAAGGAGAUCGACAGCAAUGGGAGCAGCUUCAGCGACGAUCUCGUCGCCGACGAGGACAACUUCCUCGGCCUCUGUAGCCAGGAGCUUCUCGCCCGCGGGUCCGAGCUACUCAAGCGGACGCGCAAAGGUGCACUGCACUGGAAGGUUGUUUCAGUUUACAUUAACAGAGUGGGUCAGGUAAUGCUUAAGAUGAAGAGUAAGCAUGUAGCUGGAACAAUCACUAAGAAGAAGAAAAGUGUAGUCAUAGAUGUGUGCAAGGAUGUCACGGCGUGGCCGGGCCGACACCUGCUAGAAGGCGGGGAGCAGCGCCGCUACUUCGGGCUCAAGACGGCGGAGCACCGCGUGAUCGAGUUCGAGUGCAGGAGCCAGCGCGAGUACGAGAUGUGGACGCAGGGCGUGUCGCGCCUCCUCGCCAUCGUCAGCGAGAGGAAGCGCCUCGCGUAAUCCGCGAAAGAAAACCAGUUAAAAAGAAAAAAAAAAAAAAAAAAAAGCACUAGCAAAAAAAUGAAGCUGUGUAGAUCUGGAAAAGAGGAGGGGGUGAUGGAUAGGUGACCCACCCUGAAUUAAAGAGGUUUGGUGAGGGGGUGUUUCAAAUGGGGAAGGAUUUGUUGUGUUUUUUUGUGUCUGUGUGGGGUUGGUGUAUAAUGUAGUGAAAUUGUGAUGGGUUCCAUCUCUCACAUCUCUCACAUUGUGUAGGAAGAGAAAAGUAGGGUGGGAUCAUAAGAUCAAUCAAAGAAGAGGGUGUGGGGUAGUUUUGUUAUUGGGUUUUACCUUUUGUCCUAUGGUUUUGUAUAAAUAUUUUUAAAAAAGCCAAAAAAAAAGAGCAAAAGGGUAAACUA